ACUCAUUGUCAGCACAGCUGGGUGUCAACAAAUUCAGCGUUGAGGAGUCGUAAUUUGGUUCACAUGACGAGGAUGUGACUUAUGUUCGAGUCCACUUUUGGCAAGAAUGGCUAAUUUUCUGCAGCACCGAAACGAGAUCGGCCUGCAGAUUCCGUACGUGGAGCGGGACAUCAAGGUGACCAUCUACGUCAUCCAUGUCACCCUGGGACCGGUCAAGUGGCAGGUGAAGCACCGGUAUAGUGCUUUCGCUGCGCUGCACGAAAUCCUGGUGGCGGACCAUGGCGUGGCCAAAGACCUUCUGCCGCCCAAGAAGGUGAUCGGCAACCAGGACCCUGUUUUCAUCGAAAAUCGGAGGGCGGCCCUUGAGACGUACCUGCGCAGCGUGAUGAACUUCCUGAAGAUUGCCAUGCCACAAGAAUUGGCCUUCUUCCUGCACUUCCAUCAGUAUGAGGUGCUCUACCUGCUGCAGGGUAUGGCCCUCCAGUUCUUCAACGAGGGCGACCUCCUCCUACAGAACAGCUCCUCUUACAAAUUCACUCCGUUGCAGUUGCACGCAAUCAGCGAAAGGCUGCGGCAGCCGUGUCCUCCGGUAGACAUCCCCGACAAGCGGCUGGACCUGAGUCACGUGUUGGAUUUCUGCUGGCAGCUGACCAAGGUCGAGAUCGAGGGCAGCAAUUUUCCGCUCAACACGAGCAACCUGAUUCAGAACAACCUGCCGUACAACCUGAGCGCCUUCAAGAGCCUCCGUCACCUGGUCAUGACCGAGGUCAACGUGACGCAGAUCAAGGACGCGCAGAACAUCAGGGCGCACGUGCACUCACUCGCUGUUCACCAUUCGCAACUGCGCUCCAUCGCCACGCUCGCCAUGUGCGACGCCCUCCACAAGGACGUUGCGUCCGCAGGCGAAGAUUACAACUGGCACAGGCUUACCGAAUUAGAUCUAAGUUUUAAUUAUCUGGAGGAGAUAGACGAGUCAUUUCGGCUGAUGGCGCACGUCAGGAAGCUGAAGCUGAGUCACAACAAGCUGAACAGGGUGACCGGACUGACGCACCUGCCGCACCUGUCCGAACUGAGCCUGUCGGCCAACGCCUUCUACUCGAUCAAAGACUUGCACUGCUGCCUGGGCAACGUGGUGCGUCUCGACCUGUCCGAGAACCACAUCAGCACCCUGGGCGGCUUUUCCAAACUGUAUUCGCUAGAGAGACUGGACCUCGCCAGGAACACAGUGUCCGACGUGUCCGAGGCGAGCCACCUGAGUGGCCUGCCUAACCUAGAGUACCUGACCCUGACGGGCAACCCCGUUUCGACCACGGUCGACUACCGCACCAGGGUCCUCGAGAGGUUCAGCAGCCGCGCGGCUGAUAUUUAUUUGGACAAUGAGCGGCCGAACCAGAAGGAGAUGGACACGAUUGCAAUACUACAAGUACUCAGGGUAGUCAAGGAGGGCCGCACACCACCUCCUAGGACGCCCAGGUACAGCUAGCUCUGGCUCCAAUAAUAAGUCAUUCCGAAUAUUUAUUAUACACUGUUAGUAUUGAGUGUGCUAACGAUUUUUCACUAUUAUCGUCUAGUUGUUUGUUAAAUAACAAUGUUUCUAAGUGACCAACCAGUUGCUAUUAUUUAUUAACCGAAAAUGUUGCUUAGAAUAUUAAUGAACUUCCAAUAAAAUAACUUCUUAAACUAA